AUGUACUGGCAGUGGGCAGGUCUGAUCCUGAACAUCAGUGCACAGGAAAGCUGCCAGACACCUGUGCCCAUCGCCCCUGUUUCCAGCCAGGCCCAAGCCUUCCUCACAGUGUGGGAGAAACUUCCCUGGAGCUGCAGGGAAGUGAGGGAUGGGAAAAGUGUACUGCCCAAAACACACUCUGCCUGCCCAUCAUGGCCUCCCUGGCCAACUCACCUGUCUCCUUCAGCUGCAGGAUCAGCUACCCGUACACCCCCCAAUUCAAGGCUUUCACAGUCAGUGACCCACAGCAGCCUGCCCAUCGUGGCCUCCCUGGCUAACUCAGCUGUCUCCUUCAGCUGCAGGAUCAGCUACCCGUACACCCCCCAAUUUAAGGCUUUCACAGUCAGCUACUUUCAUGAAGACCUCCAUGGGCGAAGGAGCCCUGAGAAGCCAACCAACUGCCACCCUGGACUGGGCAUAGAGAACCAGACCUAUGCCCUAAACUGCCUGGUCACCCUUGUGCCGUUGGACACAUCAGCGACUGGCACCUACUACUGCUCUGUCAACAGGCCACACCCUGUGGCAACAGGCAGUGGCACCUUCAUCCUGGUCAGAGAGGCAGAUGCAGGCUCCACGGAAGGAUCCCACCAGGAAGUGCCCAGCUCCAAGAUCUGCCAGCAGCCCCAAACAGCCUCCUGCAGAAUACGUCUACACAAGGCAGAUGCAGGCUCCACGGAAGGAUCCCACCAGGAAGUGCCCAGCUCCAAGAUCUGCCAGCAGCCCCAAACAGCCUCCUGCAGAAUACGUCUACACA